ACACACACACAUUUUUGCUUUUUCUUGUCAGUAUUCUAGGAAGACGGCUCCAUGGGUGAAAGAUGAAUCCCCGGCUGUCGGGCAACUGUUCGAGUGAUUCUUCUGCAAUGGAGGAUGUUUCCCAGCACACCCAGUGACUCACUCCAUCGCCUCCGCCUCCUGCUGAAUGUGAAAAGCCUAGGAUGGAAGACCCACCAAGUGCUGAUCUGAGGCACCGGAAAAACGAUCUUGACCUCCAACACCAACUCCCCUCCUUCCUUGCGAGAAGAAGCACAACUAGCUGCUUUGCCGCCAUCACCAACCAGACAAGGACCACCGCCAACGGGUGACAAGGCUUCCAGGAUGUUCGUGAACUUCCGCCGGAUACGAAAGUGCCAGUUUAUGCAGCUGAUGACCACCUGCCUGGUGCUGUCGUUGGUGAUGGUUUGCUGGGAGCAGCUGGACAACAGUGUAGUCAGUCACGUCAAGUCCUACUCCUACCGCUACCUGGUCAACAGCUUCACCUACAUCAACAAGAGCCUCACCAUACCCCGGGAGCAGGCCAAAAGCUUCAGCAACUUCCCCUACCUGCUGGACCACACGGAUAAAUGCGUCAGCAAGGAUGUCCUCCUGCUCCUCUUCGUCAAGACCUCCCCAGAGAACAUUGAGCGGCGGAACGCCAUCAGGUCAACCUGGGGUAAUGAGACCUACAUCCAGAACGCCCUGGGAGUGACGGUAAAGGUGGUUUUCGCCUUGGGAGCGUCUCAGGCCAGGAACAAGGUUCCCUCGUGGAGCAAGAGAUUUGGCUUUCAGGAGCAGCUCAUCAAGGAGGACGGUCUCCACGGUGAUUUGAUCCAACAGGACUUCUUAGACUCCUUCCACAACCUGACUCUGAAGCUGAUCAUGCAGUUCCACUGGACUCAUAACCACUGCGCUCACGCCCGCUUCCUCAUGACCGCUGAUGACGACAUCUUUGUCCACAUGCCGAACCUGGUGAGCUACCUGCAGGACGUGAGCAGCAGAGGAGUCACAGACUUUUGGAUUGGUCGAGUGCACAGAGGGGCGCCGCCAAUCCGCAGCAAAGACAGCAAGUACUACGUGUCGCAUGAGAUGUACCAGUGGUUGUCGUACCCCGACUACACAGCCGGGGCCGGGUAUGUCGUCUCCAGGGACGUAGCGGACAAAAUCUACCACGCCAUGCUGACCCUAAACGCCUCUCUUUACAUAGACGAUGUGUUCAUGGGCAUCUGUGCCAAUGCUGUUGGCGUGUCACCGCAAGAGCACGUCUAUUUCUCAGGCGAGGGCAAAGCGCCCUAUCACAUGUGUAUCUAUAACCAGAUGAUGACCUCGCAUGGUCACGUGGAGGAUAUCUACAACCUGUGGAAGGUGGCGACGGACCCGCAGGUGAAGCAGAAGACCUCUGGACUCAUAGGGAGGCUUCACUGCGCAGCCGUGAAAAUAGCUCUCCUUUGUAAACCGUACUAUUUUAACACCUACCCGUGCAAAGCAGCCUUUUUGUAGUACUAUGUCAGGUUGCAUUUGCAGACAGAGAGGAAGUGUGUCAUAGAUCAUAAUGCAAGAAGGAUCAUGGUUGCAAAUAUUACCUCAGUCCUUCAGUCGGACACCCAUGUGAAAACACUGGAGCCUGUGUUGUGUGUUUCCCGAGUCAAAGACACCACAUGAUUCCUGCUUGUUCUUUGUUGUGUGUGAGAUCUCCAACACUUCAAUGAUAACUAGUUUUAACCUUUAAUAAAACUGGCUUUGCAUUUACA